UACACCGCUUCAAUAUUUCCGGCGCGUGGUGUCACAGCUGGUCUCGGAUAUAUCUCCCUUCUUGGGGUUCGCGAUUGUAGAAAGAACUAUUUGUAAAAAUGUUGGCAUCUCGAGGUCUGAACAUUUUAAGGGCCGUAUCACGGUAUACAGUUUGUAAUAAUGUUGCCAAAAAUACUGUACAAAUACGACAUUCGCAUGGAUGGUCGUACCGUGUCGGCCUUCCACCUAAGAGAGGAAUAGUUCUUGCAGCUGAGUUUUUGGGUGGACUAACGUGGUGGUGGAUUUUGUACCACCUUUAUCAUGAUUUUGGUCAUAUUGUGGGAGAGUUUCCAUAUCCUGUACCAGAAGAGUGGACUGACGAAGAAUUGGGUAUUCCUCCAGAAGAUGAGGAUUGUUGAUCUGCUUUUAUGGUAGCUAUAGAUAAUUUAAAGAAUCCUUGUACAACAAAGAGGUAUAAUAUUUCAAGUCUACAGUGAAAUAUUGCAGCCAGCAACCACUUGUUUUCAUAAUUUAUAAUAAUGUAUGUACUUGCAAUUCAGUGUACACACUCCUCUAUACAAGACCGGGAAUCGUAGUCUAAUUCUAGAAUGACUUGAACCUUCUGUAUAUUAUGUUAAUAAAUAUAUCACUUCAUUAAGA